ACCACUGAUGAUCAUUUCCUAAUUUUCUAAAAGAUGUCUCAGUUUGGAAAAGGAAAGUUUCUAUCAAGAUUCUUCAAGCUACGCCAUUUGGAGUUUGACAGUGCACUACAGCAGAUAGUAUGGACUGUGAUAAAUCCAAAGAGAGUUUUCCGAUACCAUAAGGAUCAGUAUGCCAUGCGUGGGAGGUGGUCUCGAGAUGACCCUGCAAUGCUACUCCUCCUCUUAGGCUAUGUCACAGUUGUUUCCCUGGGCUACUGUGGAUGGAUGAGGGUGCCUGUGGGCUCCUACUUUGCUGCUCUUGCAUGGACACUACUGGUCGACUGUUUAGCUCUGGGUGUACUCAUUGCAUCAAUACUCUGGUUUCUGUGCAACAAGCUGCUGGCUGUCCAGUCAACUGCCCUCAGUCAGAGUGUAGAGUGGGCCUACUGCUUUGAUAUCCACCUCAAUGCUGUGCUCCCCUUCUCAUUGCUCCUCUAUGGCCCGCAGAUGUUGCUAUGGAUACCUUUGUCUUCUACAUCCAUUUUGAGUGUGCUGACCUCCAACACUCUCUGGCUCCUCACACUGUGUUACUACCUCUACAUCGUAUUUCUGGGAUGCACAACAGUCCUCCCCUCGGCUCAACACACAAUGUCCCUCCUCUAUGCUGCCCUCCCACUCAUGCUACUCUAUGUGAUCGCAAUUCCUCUCAAAAUAAACGCAACUAGAAUUUUCACAUACAUUUUUGCCUGGCGUAUUGGCGCUGGAAACGUAUUGUUGUAAAUAUCACUUCAUUUUAAUGACUGUAUAAUGAAAUAAUUAUAUAUAUCUCUUUAUUAUAAUUUCAUUAAAAUUCUACACAUUCUA